AGCAGUGUGGUAUGGGGGCUAGGAUGCAGGUCCUGGAGUCACCACAGCCUUGGAGGCUCCAGACCCAAGCUUGGCUGUGGAAGUUCUGCAUGCCUCUGACCAGGCACCCUACUGCUCCUCCAGCCCAGCCCGGCCCUGGAGCUUACCUCCAGGACUGGAGCCUGCCCUCCUGCCCAGAAUGACUCACCAUUAUUUCUAGCUCGGGUGAAGACGUGAUGAGGAGUUGAGCUGCCAGCAUGUGUAUCUAGGAUUCCUGCAGCAUCUGCUCUGCUCUGCAAGAAAGAGAUCUUCAGAGUCCUGCCCUGCCAGCCAAGCGAGGCUGUCUGUCCAGCUCUCAGAGAGCCCUCAGGGCUCUCCACCAGGAGCCCAGACCAAUGCUACUGCGUUUCCUGGGGCCGUUAGCAGCACCCUGAGUUCCCUGCCACCAGUCAGCUGGAAGGUGUAGCGUGAGGCACUUUCUCUCAGCCCCAAUUAUGACAGUGGCCACUGGAGACCCGGCGGACGAGGCUGCUGCCCUCCCUGGGCACCCGCAGGACACUUAUGACCCAGAGGCAGACCACGAGUGCUGUGAGAGAGUGGUGAUCAACAUCUCAGGACUGCGGUUUGAGACGCAGCUCAAGACCUUAGCCCAGUUUCCAGAGACCCUCUUAGGGGACCCAAAGAAGCGGAUGAGGUACUUUGACCCACUCCGAAAUGAGUACUUUUUUGAUCGGAACCGCCCCAGCUUUGAUGCCAUUUUAUACUACUACCAGUCCGGGGGCCGGCUGAGGCGACCUGUGAAUGUGCCCUUAGACAUAUUCUCUGAAGAAAUUCGGUUUUAUGAGCUGGGAGAAGAAGCGAUGGAGAUGUUUCGGGAAGAUGAAGGCUACAUCAAGGAGGAAGAGCGUCCUUUGCCUGAAAAUGAGUUUCAGAGACAGGUGUGGCUUCUCUUUGAAUAUCCCGAGAGCUCGGGGCCUGCCAGGAUUAUAGCUAUUGUAUCUGUCAUGGUGAUCUUGAUCUCCAUCGUCAGCUUUUGUCUUGAAACGUUGCCCAUAUUCCGAGAUGAAAACGAAGACAUGCAUGGCAGUGGCAUGACCUUCCACACCUAUUCCAACAGCACCAUUGGGUACCAGCAGUCCACUUCAUUCACCGACCCUUUCUUCAUUGUAGAGACCCUCUGCAUCAUCUGGUUCUCCUUUGAGUUCUUGGUGAGGUUCUUUGCCUGUCCCAGCAAAGCUGGCUUCUUCACCAACAUCAUGAACAUCAUUGACAUUGUGGCCAUCAUCCCCUACUUCAUCACCCUGGGGACAGAGCUGGCUGAGAAGCCAGAGGAUGCCCAGCAGGGCCAGCAGGCCAUGUCGCUGGCUAUCCUCCGUGUCAUCCGCUUGGUAAGAGUCUUUAGGAUUUUCAAGUUGUCCAGACACUCGAAAGGUCUCCAAAUUCUAGGUCAGACCCUCAAAGCCAGCAUGAGAGAGUUGGGCCUCCUGAUAUUCUUCCUUUUCAUCGGGGUCAUCCUUUUCUCUAGUGCUGUCUAUUUCGCAGAGGCCGAUGAGCGGGAGUCCCAGUUCCCCAGCAUCCCAGACGCCUUCUGGUGGGCAGUCGUCUCCAUGACAACUGUAGGCUAUGGAGACAUGGUUCCAACUACCAUUGGGGGAAAGGUCGUGGGUUCCCUAUGUGCAAUUGCAGGUGUAUUAACCAUUGCCUUGCCGGUCCCUGUCAUAGUGUCCAACUUCAACUACUUCUACCACCGGGAGACAGAGGGAGAGGAGCAGGCCCAAUACUUGCAAGUGACAAGCUGUCCAAAGAUCCCAUCCUCCCCUGACCUAAAGAAAAGUAGAAGUACCUCUACCAUUAGUAAGUCUGAUUAUAUGGAGAUCCAGGAGGGGGUAAACAACAGUAACGAGGACUUUAGAGAGGAGAACUUGAAGACAGCCAACUGCACCUUGGCUAACACAAAUUAUGUGAAUAUUACCAAAAUGUUAACUGAUGUCUGAUUGAAACCUCCUAGCAUACUCACAGCCCAAUGGAACUAAUGCAGAUAUUGCAUAAUAGCCUGCACUGCAGUCAGUGUGCUGUACAGUGUGUAUCUGGUUCUGCAUGGAAAGCAAUAGUCGUGCAAGUGACUUUUGAUCUUUUGAUUUUGAAUUUAGAACACAGAAUAUCUAUCCUUGGCUUUCAUGCAAAUCUUCAUCACCGGCUGAUGGGUUUCCAAAGAUUGAGUCACCUAUGGAGUCAGGAUUCAGAAAGGUACAUUCAGGCCACCUCAUGUCAAAGACACAACCCACCACACCAGUGCCACCUUUCCUGCCUAAUUAAGUGCACACAGCACCCAGGAGAUACACCCCUCCCAGCACCCUAUUUGGAGCCCAGCCCCUUUUCACAGAGAAAAUCUACCAUGGUUUUCCUGUAAAGCUCUGGCAAUUCCAAAGGUCAGUCCCAGUUUUUGCAUUGAAAAGAACACACAGUCGUGUGGAUUGGAAUUACUUUCUGGGUCACAGGCUGGGAUCUGUGAACUGCGUUUGCCAAGUAGAUGCUCCGGAGCCUUGUGUUUCAUGACGGAAGAUGCUGCAUUCAGCUUUUCCUCUGCAGUGUUGAUGUGAGGGAAGCCCAGGGGAGGGACAGUUCAUAUGACCAAAUGUGAGUUGUCAAGUUUCACGUUUUCUCCCUUAGACCUUGUCAGGGAGAAGCUAACAAACCAAGGGACUGCUUAGCUUGAGAUUUCACCAUUUUUGCAGGCUUCAGGGUCACAAAAACAUGUCGAUUUCUUCGUUACACUAGAGUUUGCAGACAUCUGCUUUCCUAGUGCUGUGGCCCCAGCUACACGACACUGCAGUGGAAUUUACCAGUGAUGCGAUCAAGCUGCAUGGGUGUUUGUUGCAUGAAUCUCAAUAUUUAAAACACAGGAGAUAACCUAUUAUUUUAGUAGCCUAUACAGUAUUCAUAUUUAGAGUAUUAAUAGCCUUGUAAUGGCAUUGAACUAGGGUUUUUUCUUCCCCCCACUGGAGGGUAAAAACUCUCAAUCAGGGAAAAAAUAUAGACUGACUAUUUGGGAUGGGG